UCAUUGCUGUGUUACAGAGAAAAAUCGUUCGUUGGAGCAACAUCUAGGAAUUGAAGAUAUAAGAUAUGGCUUCUCCUCUAUCUAGACUACCUUCUCACCUGUCUUUGCAUAUCAGACCAUCUUACAAGCGUAUUACUGGGGCGGCCAUGCAAGUUAGAGCUCAAAGAUUUGGAGAUGAAGCAGGAAAGUCAAGUAACAAUGUUGAUGCAAAUCUGAGUGUUCUAAGAGAAAGGAUAGAGGAAGUCAAGAUCAGGGAGAGACUCGAGAGGGGUUGCAGGUGUGAAUAUGGCUGGAAUUAUGAAACUGGAUAUAACAAUAAGCUAAGAAAAGAAGUGGGAUUGCAAUAUCAUCAUCACUUCGUUGAUCUUGUAGGUUUGGUUUGUGGUACUAUAGGGUUCACUUUUAUUGCUGGCGCUCUUUUCCUUUCUCUUGUUUCCCUCUUUGUGCAUUUGAGUCAAUAAUUCGAGCUCUUCAUAUACUAGCAGCUAUUAUACACACAGUCUUUAUUUAUCAGUAUAAUGCUGUUCUCAGCACGAAUAUCUAUCGUGGAUACUUACAGAACAA